AUGUAUGCCAUUACUAUUGUGGCCUUCUGGAUCACGGCACUUCUCGGCAAGGCAUCCGCAAAUCCCAUCGUCAGAAAGUCACUCAACCCCGACUACCUCAAGCCCAGAUCACCUCUCACCAAUGCUGCCUUUGCGGCGAGCGCCGAUGCCUGGCCAACCAACGUCGUGUUCGUUGGAGGAAGUCAAUCUUAUGGGAUGUGGGUUCCCUCCGACGGUUCUUGGUACGACCUAGGGAAUAUUGAAUGUCUCGGGCUACCUGCGAAUGCAAUCGGCGACUGCAACGAUGUGACUAUCAAUCAGAUCGGAGUGGUUGCGGGAUACGGACCCUGCAGAUUUGUCGGCAGCGCUGGUUACUCUGCAACCAUUCCGGGUAAUCCUGGUGACGGUUACUACACGGUCGGACCCCCGCAGAAUAUCCUGUCAGCAGCUUGUGGUCCCGCAUGA